GUGAUGUGAAGAAGACAGAGCUGAGCAAGAGAGAAGCACAGUCAGAAAACGAAGGAAUACUACCAGAGAAGUUUGAAGGAGGAAGGUUUUUUUUCUGGAUUUCUAUAAACAUGGAAACUCUAUAUGACGACACUGACGAUGAGCGUCAGGAGAAACGAGGUUGUUUUGAGUGCUGUAUUAAAUGUCUGGGCGGCGUGCCGUACGCGUCUCUGGUGGCCAAUCUGUGCUUCUGCGGCGUGGCGCUCUUCUGCGGCUGCGGACACGUCGCUCUGACAGGAACCCUCACCAUCCUGGAGAACCACUUCUCUAAGAUCACCGCAGACCACGCCAUGCUGACCGACAUAAUCCAGCUCAUGCAGUACGUCAUAUACGGCAUCGCCUCCUUCUUCUUCCUGUACGGCAUCAUUCUGCUCGCCGAGGGGUUUUACACCACCAGCGCCGUCAAGGAGCUCCACAGCGAGUUCAAGACCACCGUCUGCGGACGCUUCAUCAGCGGCAUGUUCGUGUUCCUGACCUACAUCCUGGGAAUCGCCUGGCUCGGGGUUUUCGGCUUCUCAGCGGUUCCCGUGUUUCUUUUCUACAACAUGUGGUCGACCUGCGCUGCCAUGCGCUCACCGAUGGCCAACCUGACCUCCAUCGACAGCAUCUGCGUGGAUGUGCGGCAGUACGGUAUUAUUCCAUGGAACGCAACACCAGGCAAAGCUUGCGGCUCUACGCUAGGUGAUAUUUGCAACACCAGCGAGUUCUAUCUGUCUUAUCAUCUGUAUAUCGUGGCUUGUGCCGGAGCCGGAGCGACUGUCAUUGCUCUGCUCAUCUACAUGAUGGCUACCACGUAUAACUUUGCUGUUUUGAAGUUUAAGAGUCGAGAGGACUGCUGCACUAAAUUUUAACGAAGUUGCAUGAAAGUGCCUAGAAUGAGCAGCCACUGACAAUAUGGACUAAAAUAAUAGAAACGAGAACAAACGAGAGAAACCCUUGAUUGCUUUGACAUGUAAUGUGUAAAUAUAGGACUGUGCACAGAUGUAGCAUUUGGACGCCGGUGCUGCCGUGUCUGUAAACAUGCCUUUGCCUUCGUUUCUGCAACCACUAGAAAACGUUCAUUUGAAGCCUAACACAAAGUCUCUUUAAACUCCUUCUACAAUGUCUUUGUCUAAAGUUUUAAAGCUAAACAACAGACGCACAGCGUAACAGAGGAAAGUAUUUUUCCCUUUUAUUUUCUCAAUAGAGAUGCUGGAAAAUUCUGAUCAU